CAACUCGAAAUGUGAUAACGACGGAAGUGAGCCCCUGUUAUCCGAGCACCAACGUCGUUGAAAGUGCAAACAGCGCUCGGACCACAUGACGGUACGGGCACAACUCUGUCCUCUUAGCUUCGGGAAGGUCCAUUACCCGGACUUUCACCGGGCUGCGCAGGAGCUCCUGGAGCUUUUCAGCCUUUCCCAUGCCAGCAGGUAAUACCGAAGCUUCGUCAGACCUGCAGCCUGCCUCUAUUACCUACCGCACUCCAACCUACCGCACUCCAUCUGUAUCCACCGCGCACCCUUUCAUCCACGGCGACUGUCCUGCACCAUCCUACAACUCGCAAACCCAACCAACAACACACAUAUUCCAAAUUAUCAGAUCUCCGAUCAGUAACAAUGGCUUCAGGAUACGACAGAGCGCUGUCUGUCUUCAGUCCCGAUGGACACGUCUUCCAGGUCGAGUACGCCGGUGAAGCCGUCAAGAGAGGAACAUGUGCGGUCGGCGUCAAGGGCUCAGAUGUCGUCGUUCUCGGAUGCGAAAAGCGAUCAGCUAUGAAGCUGCAGGAUACUCGAAUCACCCCCUCCAAGAUUCAGCUUCUCGACACUCACGUCUGCCUCGCCUUCGCUGGCUUGAACGCCGAUGCUCGUAUCCUCGUCGACAAGGCGCGGUUAGAGGCACAGUCCCACAGGCUGACCGUCGAAGACCCCGCUUCUAUUGAGUACAUGACCAAGUACGUUGCCGGCGUCCAGCAACGGUACACACAGAGCGGUGGUGUUCGCCCCUUCGGCAUCAGCACCUUGAUUGUCGGUUUUGACAGCGGCAGCAAGGUCCCCCGCCUCUACCAGACUGAGCCUUCUGGCAUCUACUCGGCAUGGAAAGCCAACGCUAUCGGCCGUUCCAGCAAGACCGUUCGCGAGUUCCUCGAGCGCAACUACAAGGAGGACAUGGACAGGGAGGCCACCAUCCGACUUGCCAUCAAGUCUCUUCUUGAGGUUGUCCAGACUGGAGCCAAGAACAUCGAGAUCGCACUGAUGGCGCCUGGCAAGACGAUUGAGAUGCUUCCCGUGGAGGAGAUUGAGAACUACGUCAAGAACAUUGAGCAGGAGAAGCAAGAGGAGGCGGCAAAGAAGAAGACUGGCCGCACGCCGGGCACCGGAAGCGCGGCGAUCCUCACGAGAGGCUCGGGCUCGGGUGACGGUGACGAGUAAGGGAAUAAAUAGGCGUUGCGGUUCGCGGAUAGACGACACUGAUGAGGGU